AUGAUAUUGUCUUCCAUCUUGUAUUUCGCUUCUAGCGUGGCAGCAUUGACACUUGACGUUGCUUCGUCCGGAGGCAAUCAGUCUAGCUCCCUCCUAUAUGGACUUUUGAUAUUUAUCAUUCUGGCGACGGCGGUCUCUAUGGGGAGAUGCUGCGAAACCGAGCCUUCCAAGGAUCCUCGUCCGGUGGAGCUGCCAGUCUGGCACGGAACACGAACUACUGGCAACCUGUGGGGGGGUGUUUCACUGGCAAUCGACACAUCUUCUCCAGCCCUUUCAUCCAGCCUGCCAUACCAGAUGCGCAUGGACGUGCCGGAGGGAACCACUGGCACUGUAGGAUUCUACAAUGAAGGCUUCUGGGGUUUCGACGUAGAUACGACGAAGCGUUACAUCACCAGUCUGUAUAUGCGAGGGGGUUACUCCGGGACCGUUGAUUGCUACUUUCAAAGUAACACCACCGGUCAAAUCCUCGGAUCGACGAGCUUGAAUAUCGAUCAGACCUCAUCUUCGGGAUGGGUGCAGAGCACCUCCCCCACAUUUCAACCGAGCAAAACUGGCACCGAUGGCAACAACAUGUUUUACUUCACGUUUGAUGGGUCAAAAUUGGCCGGGAAAAGUGUUUAUUUUAAUAUAUUGAGCUUGUUCAAACAAACGCUCGAUGACCGGUCAAACGGCGUGCGUGAGGACCUGGGCAACGCGUUGCUCAACAUGAACCAGAAAUAUAUCCGACUGCCAGGUGGAAACAAUAUGGAGGGCAACAACUCCCCUUAUGAAUGGAAAUGGAACGAAACGAUCGGAUCUCUUGAGAAUCGUCCAGGCCGCCCAGGCACCUGGGGUGAUAUCAAUACCGAUGGGUUUGGCCUUCUAGAAAUGAUGCAAAUGGCACAGGAUCUGGGGCUUGAGGUAAUCUUAGGCAUCUGGGCUGGACUGUACCUGGACGGUGAGGAAAUUUCCGAGGCCAACCUACAGCCACACGUUGAUUCUGUCAUGAAUGAGUUGGAGUUUCUUCUGGGAGAUGAAUCAACGACGUACGGAGCUCAACGGGCUGCCCUGGGAUUCCCCUCAGCUUUUACCAUCAACUGGAUUGAGAUUGGUAAUGAAGACUACCUCAACGGUGGCACAAACUCGUACUAUUCGUACCGAUACAUGGCCUUCUACAACGCUAUUCACGCUGUCUAUCCAUCCAUCAAUCUCAUCUCAACCAUCAACCCAAAUCCAGUCACAUCCAAUGGCAGCUCGCUGGACCUACAUAUCUAUGGCAAUGAGAACUACUUUGUUUCUCUUUUCAAUACAUUUGAUCAAGCCAGCCGCGAAUACCCAGUCUUCGUCAACGAGUACGCAGCGACCAACACCGGCUCUAACAACGAUGGCCAAGUAGGAGCCCAGACUCUGGGUAUGUCCUGUGCGGAGGCCAUCUUCCUUUUAGGCUGUGAAAGGAACUCCGACGUCAUUGUCGGCUCUGCCUACGGUGCUCUGAUCAAGAACUAUAAUGAAGCGCCAGAUACAGUAGCUGUUAUCAAGCACACGGCAAACGAGGUCCUCUACACCAUCAGCUACUAUGUCCAGAAGCUUUUUGCGGACAAUAUGGCCACAGAAACUUUGCCCGUUACAGCCACAGAUGGGGGAUUUGGCCCUGUCUAUUGGUCCGCAACUGCGAACAGUUCCUCCACUAUCCUCAAACUGGUGAAUUAUAACGGGGAGACCGGAUCGUCCAACGCUGUGCUGGUCAAUGUCGAGGGUUCUUCGAAGACCACUGCAACUCUGAUCACCUUGACUGCUCCAAAUCCCACGAGUGUCAACAACCUCCCCUCCUUGGGAGGCGAGAGCAGUAUCAUCAGCACCACAACCUUGUCCAGAUCUGCUGACAGCUUCUCCGUCAGCUUCAGCAACGCUUACGAGAUUGCGAUCUUAGUUAUCUAA